CGCCAUGUUUUGUUAUGUUUUGUGAGGAAAAGUCGAAGCGCCUGAUUCACCUCAGCAGCCUCUAGUAUAUAAAAGAAUAAACCAUCACCCCUUAACAUUUUAUUAAUCGUUAGAACGAAGAAAGGCCGCAAUUAAAGGCUUAUAAAUGGUUCUGUUUGAUUCUAGGCUAUCCGUGUAAGAGGCCAAGACCAGGUCGGCCCGCUGUUUCUAUCCUUGGCGGUUUGGUCCCGUGGCUCAACAGGUUGCUAAUAUAUUACUGAAGUGAUACAGGAAUUUAACAAUGAAGAGGAAUAUUGCAGAAAAUUCAACACGGGCUACAGCAGGAUGCCUUCCUGUAUUACUGUUUAAUCAAAAGAAAAGAACCCGAAUGCCAUUGACUUCAAAUCCUAUGGAACAUGAGUCAGGCUCAAAUAACCUUUUUCCUACACCAGAGAGCUUUGAUUCACUGCCAGCAGGCAACAAAGGAUUAACACACAGCAGCGCAUCUGGCAAUCAGACAACAGUUCAAAACAAUUACAGGGCCCAGUUUCAAUAUUCCAAUAUAAGGAGUAACAUGGAUAAUGCGUGUAGUGGGAUUGCACCAGUGCCAAAUUUGGCAAUAUCUACAAAUACUGGCCAGCUUCAGCAACAAGUACGUCAGCAUCAACAAGUUCAAGAAAAUAGGAAGUUUUCUCAUGGAUCUAACAUCAUGGGGCAAAACAGUAAAAACAGCUGGAAUCAGCUUCAGCAACAAGUACCUCCAUGGCAACAAAGUCAAGAACGAAGGCAGUUUUCUGGUGGAUCCAACACCGCAGGGCGACGUGAAAAAGGAGGUUGCAACACAGAUGUUAGACAACAGCCUGGAAAUACUUGUAAAGAAAAUACUAGGCCUGCCAUGAAUGAAAGGAAGGAAUUUACUUCUACUAGCGGGAACAAUCGUACUCAAAAAAAUAUCACAAGCACUUUCCGGUCACGUGUGCCAUCUGAAUCUUACAAAGCACAGGCAAAAUCUUCUCAACAAACACAUCAGUGGCCCAAGAAUUCAUAUCAGAAUUCAACAAGCAGCAAACGUAGUGGUCAGCCAAAUCAGUUUUUUGAAAACCAAUCUGAAAGUAAUCCAAGUGAUGGUGUGGAUCAGAAGUCAAAACCAUUUCAGAUGAAAGUCAUGCAGCCGGAUAAUUCAUUACGUAUUGUGACUGCAACUAUAGAAGGCAUGAAACAUUGGACUCAGUAUAACCACAGAUGUGCAUUGCUGUUUGAGGUCUUUGCUACCCUAGAUUCUGCUGUCAGAGCUGGAGAACAAAGUGCUAAAAACUUUCUUCUGAGAGAUAGAAAGGAUUCAGUUCCAUCUGUGUUCUAUGAAACAGACCGUGACCUUCCAAGACUGAUCAGAGGACAGGUACACAGAUGCAUGGGGACCUAUGAUCAGAGAAGAAACCUUUUUAAAUGUGUGUCUGUUAGGCCUGCCUCGACUGUAGAACAGAAAACCUUUGCUGAAUUUGUCAGCGUAGCAGAUGCUGAAAUGACACAGUUUGUUAAGGCAUUAAAUGAAGUCUGA